GAUGGUGUGAAGAUCUCUUUAGUACUUUUACUUCUCCCAUCACUGGGUUUCCUACAGGUUUCCUCGUGGUUUCCUCAGGUUUUGGGUUUCCUCAUUGUUUCCUUAAGGUUUUCUUAGGGCUUCCUCAGGGUUUCUUCAGCGUUUCCCUACGGUUUCCUCAUUGAUUCCUUAAUGUUACCUCUAGGUUUCUUCGGGGUUCCCUAAAGGUUUUCUUGGGGCUUCUUCAGCGUUUUCUCAGGGUUUCCUCAGUGUUCUCUUGGUUUCCUCGUGGUUUCUUAAGGCUUCCCUUUGGGUUCCUUCAACAUUUCCUCAUGGUUUCCUCAUUGAUUCCUACGGGCUUCCUGUGGGGUUUCUUCAUGGUUUCCUCAGUGUUUCAUUAGGGUUUCCUGUGGGUUUCCUGUGGGUUUCCUGAGGGCUUCAUCACUGUUUAUUCAAGGUUUCCUCAGUGCUUCAGUGUUUCCUCCGGGUUUGUUGAAUCUAUAACAGGGAAAAUGGAACAAGAGGAGGAGGAGGAAACCAGCAGAGGAGGAGGGAACAGUAUGGGGAGGAGGAAGAGGAGGAGGAAGAGGAUGGAUACAAUGUGUGUGACGACGAUGUCACAGUUAACAACUGAUUCGGAUUGGCGGUGUUUCAAGGCCUAACGUCUCCGACACCGAGGGAAUAACACCGACGGAAUAUAAACUAAACACCAGAGAAGAGGCUGCUGUUGUCCGGACCACUGUCUUCUUCUUCUUCUUCUUCUUCUUGUCGCUCUCUGGGAGGAGGAAGAAGGAGGGCGAGGACAUCAUGGCUCUACUUUCCCAGCAGAUCCGUGGACUUCAGUCGGAUGAGGAGGAUUCCAGAGUCCUUAAAGUGAAGGUCAUCGGUGGAAUUGGAUUGGCCAAAAAAGAUAUUCUUGGAGCCAGUGAUCCAUAUACAAAAGUGUCUCUCUAUGACCCCACCAGUGGAGAGAUCACCAGUCUUCAGACCAAAACAAUAAAAAAGACGCUGGACCCAAAAUGGAAUGAAGAAUUCUUUUUCAGAGUUAAUCCUCAGAAACAUCGUCUGCUCUUGGAAGUGUUUGAUGAGAACCGACUGACGCGUGAUGACUUUCUGGGACAGGUGGAUGUCCCCUUGAAUCAGAUACCGACAGAAAAUCCUAACACUGAAAGGCCAUACACAUUCAAGGAUUUUUUGCUUCAUCCACGAAGCCAUAAGUCCAGAGUCAAAGGUCAUCUACGUCUCAAAAUGACCUAUCUGCCAAAAAACCCUGGUUCAGAGGAGGAAACAGCAGAUCAGACUGAGGAAUUGGAUCCUGGUUGGGAGCUGCUCGAGGCUCAGGACAUGUCAGGUCCCAGACAAAGCCAGCUGCUGCCUCCUCUGCCCCCUGGCUGGGAGGAGCGGCAAGACAACCUGGGAAGAAUCUACUUUGUCAAUCACGAGAGCAGAACCACACAGUGGUUUCGACCCACAAUGCAGGACAGUGAUGUGGAGAUGCACAGAAGACAGAACAGUAAUAUAGAUGUGGAGCAUGCAUUUAAUACACGCAGACAGAUCUCAGACCAUGAUGAAAAUGCCACACGAGAGUCUCCCGAGAGCUGGGAGAUCAUUACAGAGGACGAGUCCACCAUGUACCACAGCAAUAACCAGCUCGCAUCACCUCCACCCCAGAUACCUGCAGAGUUCCACUCGUUUUGUGGCGAGCUGAGAAACUUGCAAGUUUCAGGGGCCACAGCUGGAGAGCAGCGCACCUCCCACACCGAUCAUGCUAGUAAUUCAAGCCAUUCCAGUUUCAGAAGAAGCUCCCAGAAUUCAAUUGGAGAGGAACAUCCUGUUAGUCCUGUGCUGAUUCCAACCUCAUCUGGCCUGCCUCCAGGGUGGGAGGAGAAGAGGGACAUUAAAGGGAGACGCUACUAUGUCAACCACAAUAGUCGAGCUACAACUUGGACACGACCCGUCAUUCAGAGAACCUCAGAGGCAGCAGCAGCAGCAGCACCACCACCACAGAGUGGUUCAAGUUUACCCCAAAGUCCGCCACCGCCACUGCCCACUACAUCCCCUGAGGCAUCUCCUCAGCACACACCAAGCCCAGAGGCCACGAAUGAAUCUAGAUUCUUGCCGACUGGUUGGGAAGUUCGCAGUGCUCCCAAUGGAAGACCAUUCUUCAUCGACCACAACACGAAGACGACUACCUGGGAAGACCCCAGACUAAAGAUUCCUGUACACAUGAGGAAGAGACCCUCACUUGACCCUGCUGAUCUUGGCCCUUUGCCGCCUGGCUGGGAGGAGCGAGUUCACAGUGAUGGGAGGAUAUUCUACAUCGAUCACAACACCAAGACUACACAAUGGGAUGAUCCCAGAUUACAGAACUCAGCUAUAACUGGACCAGCUGUGCCUUAUUCCAGAGAUUAUAAACAGAAGUAUGACUACUUCCGGAAGAAGCUGAAGAAACCAGCUGAUAUCCCAAAUCGCUUUGAGAUGAAGCUGAGACGAAGCGCUGUGCUGGAGGACUCGUACCGACGCAUCCUCUCAGUAAAGAGGGCAGAUCUGCUAAAGGCACGACUGUGGUUGGAGUUUGAGGGAGAGAAAGGACUGGACUAUGGCGGCUUGGCCAGGGAGUGGUUCUUCCUCAUGUCCAAGGAGAUGUUCAACCCGUACUACGGACUGUUCGAGUAUUCUGCCACGGACAACUACACGCUGCAGAUUAACCCUAACUCAGGUUUGUGUAAUGAGGACCACCUGUCCUACUUCAAGUUCAUCGGCCGUGUGGCAGGCAUGGCUGUGUAUCAUGGAAAACUGCUGGAUGCUUUCUUCAUUCGGCCCUUCUACAAGAUGAUGCUGCAGAAGCCGAUCACCCUCCAGGACAUGGAGUCCGUUGACAGUGAAUAUUUCAACUCCUUGAUGUGGAUUUUGGAGAAUGACCCAACAGACUUGGAUUUGAGGUUCACCAUUGACGAAGAGCUGUUCGGACAGACUCAUCAACAUGAACUAAAGCCGGGUGGCAGUGACAUUGUCAUCACCAAUGAAAACAAGAAGGAAUACAUAGAUCUGGUGAUGCAGUGGAGGUUUGUGAACAGGAUACUGAAGCAGAUGACUGCAUUCAAAGAGGGAUUCUUUGAGCUGAUACCACAAGAUCUGAUCAAGAUCUUUGAUGAGAACGAGCUUGAGCUGCUCAUGUGUGGUCUCGGAGACGUGGACGUGAACGACUGGAGAGAGAACACCAAGUACAAGAAUGGCUAUUGCUCCAACCACGUAGUUAUCCAGUGGUUUUGGAAAACAGUGCUGCUGAUGGAUGCAGAGAAGCGAAUCCGGCUCUUACAGUUUGUGACGGGAACAUCCAGGGUCCCAAUGAAUGGCUUUGCUGAACUCUAUGGGUCUAACGGACCGCAGCUGUUUACCAUUGAGCAGUGGGGAACACGCGAUAAACUCCCCCGAGCCCACACAUGCUUCAACCGUCUGGACCUUCCUCCUUAUGAGUCAUUUGAGGAACUGAGGGAGAAACUUCACAUCGCUAUUGAGAAUGCACAAGGCUUCGAUGGGGUGGAUUAAUCACGGGCGUGGUGAAUAAACUGACAUUUACUGCCAUCAGAGUAAAGCUGAUGCCAAGCAGCUCAAUGUGGGGACAUUGAUGAGAGAGACGAGCUGUGCGUUAGACUCGGGUCUUAAUCUGCCAGCAGUGUGACAGAUGAAGGACAGUCACACAACCCUCACUUUGCUCCUCUGUAGAGACGUGUGGAGAAAAGGACAUACAAUCUGGACAGACCGAGGAAUUAAAUCACGCAAUGUAAUGUUUACAAAUUAGAUUUUCUUAUUAUUCUAUUUCUUUUUUUGUCAUUUUAUACGUCGCUCAAAAGUGGAUCGACUUUUAUUUGUUCUGUUAAAACAUUUAAUAUUUAAAAGUCACGAUUCGGUGAAAUGAUAAUAUUACAGAAUUUAAUGUGAAUGUAAAAACAUCAGUUUAAUUUGGGGUGAACAGCUUCAGAAACACUUAAUUCUCAGCUUCUCACAUCAGAGACUUAAUGUAGUUAUGUUAGCCAUAAGCCUGUCUCUGUCACUUCAUGACUACAAACAUAUGAGGGGCGUUGAGUUGGACCAUUGGUUAGAAUAGGCAAAGAUACUGUGGUGAAGUUCAUGUUUAUAUAAAGAUAAUAUACUGUCAGUGUUUGAUGUAUGAAUGAGACUUACACCCAUGUCUGUUGUCCAGAACUAACUCCAAAAUUACUAAAAACUUAAUGUGAACAAAGAAAUUGGCUCAGCUGCUCAAUAAAUUCACACAGAAGAUUGGAAAUAAAAAGAUAGAGGUAUCAAUGAGUUUAUUACACAAGUGUAUAAAGUUUUAACCAACAAAACAUGAAUAUAAAUUUGUAAUUCAACCCAAAUAAAUCACAUGUGAAGAUGUUUUCUUCCCCAUUUCCUUCAUUUAAAUUCUUUACGUAAGUAUACAUUUUUCAUUCCAGUAUAUCAGAAUCUCUAAUGCAGGAAAUCCACAAUGUAAACACCUCAUAAGCAUUUGUAGCAGUGAUUACACUUGAACAAAGUGUAUUAAUUCAGCUUUAUAGUAGUGAGACACCAGUACCAGGACCAGUAAAAGGCUCAACUAAUUAUUAUGCUGUAUUGGUGUUGUCCACAGGGGAAAAAAAGUGACUACAUGCAGUAUUAGACUGUGCUGAUACUAUGCAUAAUUGUACAUAUUGACAUAACAACUGAAUAUCACUUGAUUUUUUAGUUUAUCAUCAAAAUAUAUUGUACAUAAAAAUAUAACUUUGCUGUCUAUUAACUGACAAAGCAACUGUCAAACUGAAGUAAGAAAAAAACGAUAUCAGUGCAUGUCUACAUUAUGCAUCUUUUAGUUUUUUCAUUCAUGAUAAGUAGCUAGACAUACUAAAGUAAUAAUUAUAUGUAUAUAUUCACAUUAUAUGUCCUGGGCCAUGGCUUACAGAAAUCUUCUCAGAUAGACUAUGUUUAACAUGUUUAGUUAUUGUCUACUCACAGUGGGUGUCUACUAACUGCGGCGUGGUGCUCUGUUCUUAAGAGUACAACUUUUGACAUUUAUUUUGUUGGUUGUCAAAACAUGUACAGAUGAUUGUUUUCAAAAUCCCUUAUCAUACCUUUGUAAGAGAGUAGCUGCACUCAAGCUGUGGUUUUAACUUUUCUGAAUGGUAAAACAUGUGUUUACACUGCCUGCCAUGUUUACAGGUCGUUGAGAAAGGAAGGUAUCAUGGGUUGGUUCUUGUCUCUGACGACACAGUUUUAUACUUACGCUUUUAUAAAGUGAAGCACUUUGUUAAUAUUGAUGAGUCUUACUUCUAAACUGUCUGAACCUUGGCCAAUCUGUCACCUGCAGACUGUUUAAAUCACUCUUUUAAAAAACAUGAUCUAUGCUUCAAGUGCACAUGUGUUUAAAUGUUUACAUGUGAACAUCGCUGAAAAUAAGCACAUUCUCCUCUUUCGCUGAUUUCAAGUUAAAUACCGAGGCCUUUGUUUGUAAUAUACUGUAGAAUUUAAUUGUGUUUAUUGAUGUUCUAAUCUCUAAAUGGAAGUACUGUUAUAUAUGUAUCAUUCUCUACUGAACAAACUGAAUAGAUCAACACUUUAUUUCCUAUAUAUCAAAUUAUAGAAUUUAAUUAGAACACCUACAAGUGCAUUACAACAACAUACAUGCAACAUAUUUGCAACAGGGGGAGGGUGAAAGCUGGUAAAUGCAAAUUUGAUGACCUGUAGUAAACCAAAUUGAAUAUAACUGAAGAAUAAAAAUGAUUAAGAAACAACAA